AUGGAGCCCUGUCCUGGAUUCAUUGCAUCAACAAUCACGGGCGAAACAGCAGACCGCUGUGGAAAGACAAGCAAAGAAUCAGACGCUGCCGGAUAUCGAGGGGGAAGCUCGGGUGAAGCCAGACGUUCCGAACCAAUCACAUACGUGCCAAAUGAUCCCGCCCUAAACAUUCUCUGCCUCGACACCGCUCUCCCCAGCAAUGGCAGCACCAUGCAUGGAACUCCAGACGCUGCAGAACAUGAGCCGUUUUUGCCAUUGGAGGGUCUGAUAUCUCGGGAGUCUGUACAGCAAAGUCUGGCCCGAAGAAAGAGGGGAGGUGGUGACACGAUUCCUUGGCUUUUUUCUCAACAGGUAAGCACACUUUUAUGGUCUAUGGGUCCUGAGUUCUCUAACUCCUCACUGACUUUCACCAAGGCAAGUUUCGAUCACCCGACGAAGGAGCUUCCUAUGUCAAUGAGCAAAUUUUGCGUGACUGAUGAAGAAAUCGAAAAUUCGACCCCUCAGACAGAUAAUAUCAAAAUCCGCGGUAGGAAAUCCUUACCCCCAGUGCUUCUGAGAAUGUCGGAGAAAAGGCCCGAUGCUCAGCGUUACAUUGGCUUCUCCGGAAAAAAACCGAAAUUCGCUCCGGUAUACCUCCAGCGGAUGGUUCCCGAGUUAAUUGGAGAGCACUCUCGCGUAAUGAUAAAGACUAUGGCUAGUAAGAAUAAUGAUUGGUUGGGGGGUCUCCAACAACCUGAGAGUUUGAAAAUGCCAGGCCAAUGCUUUCAGGUCAGGAGGAUCCUCGUGAGUGCCUUUCAGCUAUUCAAAGUCUGCCAACAAUACACUAACCCAAUAGCAGCUCUAAAAAGGCAUAACUGGGUGAAUACCGCUCACCUUUCGAUCUAA